GUGAACUGCAGCAGGUGUGGCAUAGUAAGGGUGGGACUGAGAUACAGGGCUGAUUAGAGGAGAUUGUAAAAAUACUCCUCCACAUCUUCCCACAGCUGCCACAGCAUUCUGUUACAGUUAAAACAAAGUUAUGGACCCUGAGUACUUCAAAUCCUAUGAGAUGUGUUGGGGUACCCUUGGAACGGUGCGACCCUUCUCCAAUUUCCACCCUGACCGGGAUGCCAUGGAGAUCCAGGCAGCACUAGAGAAGAAAGAUGCGGGGACUCUGGUGAGGAUCCUAACCAAUCGGAACAACGCCCAGAGACAAGUGAUCGCAGAGACUUUUAAAGAAAUCACUCAAAAGGACCUGGAAGCUGGAGUGAAGAAAGCUCUGGCUGGAGACCUGGAGAUUCUACUGUUGGAACUGCUGAUGCCUCCUCUGCAGUAUGAGGCUCUUCGCCUGCAACAGGCCAUGGCAGGUUUAGGCACAGAUGAGGAAACACUACUGGAGAUCCUGUGCACGCGAUCCGGAAAGCAGCUUCAAGGAAUUAGUACUGCAUACCAACAUUUGUAUAAGAAGGACCUGGAGAAGGAACUGAAAGGAGAAACCAGUGGAGACUUUGCUAAGCUUGUUGUGGCUUUGUUAAAUAAAGAAGACGUUGCUGGUGUGGUUCAGAGAGAUAUUGAGUCUCUCUCUGCGUCACUAAAUGGGAAAAAAGCUGAUGUAGGACCAUGGAUCGACAUACUGACCUCUAGAGACUCAGACCAUCUUAACAAAGUGCUGAUGGGACUGGAGCUGGAGACCGGACAGGUGGUGGAUCAGACUGUGGAAAAGCAGUUUACAGGAGACAUUCGACUGGGUUUGAAAGUUUUAGUACAGUGCAUUCAAAACCCUGAUGUCUACCUCGCCAAAAGACUAACAACCAUGAAGACACCAAUAGUGCAGGGGAUUAUGGUGUCUCACUGUGAGGAAGAUCUGCUGUGUAUCCGAGCUGCCUACCUUAAAUUAACAGGCACUUCUCUCUACACUGCUUUACAGAAACAGUACAAAGGAGAUCAUCUACAGGCUCUGCUGGCCAUCUGUCGAUCUGAAGAUUAAAUUAAAGCUACAAAUUUUGAUUAGCUACAUUUUUUAUUUUUUUAUAUAGUUCUUUUUCCCCCCUGAAGUCUAUGGUUGUGCAAAAAUAACCUUUUAUGUUCUAUUGCUACUUUUCAUAUUUUAUGAAAUUUCAUUUAUUUUGCAUAUGCAUGUUUUAAUGACUUAUACAAAUACAUGCAAUGAAAUAUAAAAAACAAGUUGUGUUGGAUA